AUGUUGCGCGGCCAUCUUCUACUGCUAGCAAUCGGCUGGGCUGGAGUGCUACAUGCCCUACCCAACCCGCAAAGACGAGGAACCAUCAACAAGCGCCUGCAGUUCACCUCCAAUGGUACCUUCCAACUUACCGUGUUCGAGGAUCUCCAUUACGGAGAGGCGGAGGACACCGACUGGGGCCCGGAGCAAGAUGUCGAGAGUCGCACCGUCAUCAACACCGUCCUGGACCACGAAAGUCCUCAGCUGGUAAUUCUGAAUGGCGACCUCAUCACGGGAGAAGACACCUUCCUGUCCAAUGCCACGGACUACGUCGAUGAAAUCGUGGCUCCACUCGUCCAACGAAACCUACUGUGGGCGUCCACCUACGGCAACCAUGACAGCGACUACAACCUCUCCCGCAAUGCUAUCCUGGACCGAGAGCGGACCUAUCCCAACAGUCUGACUACCAGCAUGGUUUUGGGCAAGCUGGCAGGUGUGUCGAAUUACUACUUGCCUGUGUACCCGUCCGAUGCAUCCCAGAGCACCCCAGCAGUCAUCCUGUGGUUCUUCGAUAGUCGCGGAGGGAACUAUUACCAGGAGCUCGAGGGCGGGAGUGAAGUGGUGUCAUGGUUCGUGGAAACCAAUCUGAAUCUCACAGCGCAGUAUGGGAGAGUAGUACCUUCGCUUGCCUUUUACCAUAUUCCCGUCAACGCCAUGUUGGCCUUUCAAAAGCAAGGCGUCGACACCCAUGAAGAGCCGGGCAUCAAUGCAGACGAUCCCCUCGAUCAGCAGGGAGCAGCGAGCGGGCAGGCGCUGCUCAAUACCAAAGGGCUCUUGGCAACCUUCAGCGGUCAUGACCAUGGCGACGAUUGGUGCUUCAAGUGGGACUCCAAGCUCCCCGGGAUGAACCUGACCGGGAACGGGCUGAACAUGUGCUUUGGCCGCCACAGUGGCUACGGUGGAUACGGUUCGUGGACCCGAGGCGCCCGGCAGAUCCUCCUGGACGAGAGGACUCUGAGCACACAGUUGUCCACCUGGAUCCGGUUGGAAGAUGGAUCGGUUUCGGGCAGUGUCAACCUCAAUGCCACGUACGGUGAGGAUGCGUAUGCCGCUGUGCCAACAACGUAUACGUGA